GCUGCGGCGAAGGCUCGCGCGGGCGCGCACGGCGGCCCCCCAGGCCCCGGCGAACGGCGGCCGGCCCACCGGCGGAGCGGGCGCCUCGUGCGCUGCAGAAAUCAGAUUAAAGGAUUUACCUGAAGACAAAGCAUUCUGUUCAUCAGAGACUGGACAAGAGUUACUCUUGCUUUUGGCAAUUAAAGAUGAUGUUGUCAUGGAAACACUUGAUCCUGCUUUCAUUCAUUGGCUGCCUAGGAGGUGAGCUUCUCUUACAAGGUCCAGUGUUCAUCAGAGAGCCCAGCAACAGCAUUUUCCCUGUUGGUUCAGAGGAUAAAAAAAUAACUUUAAAUUGUGAAGCAAGAGGCAACCCUUCACCUCAUUACAGAUGGCAGCUGAAUGGAAGUGAUAUUAAUCCGAGUAUGGAAUAUCGCUAUAAGUUGAACGGAGGAAAUCUUGUCGUUAUUAACCCAAACCGAAACUGGGAUACGGGAAGUUACCAGUGUUUUGCGACAAAUUCACUUGGGACAAUUGUCAGCAGAGAAGCUAAACUCCAAUUUGCAUAUCUUGAAAAUUUUAAAACCAAAAUGAGAAGUACAGUGUCUGUGCGUGAAGGCCAGGGAGUCGUCCUGCUCUGUGGCCCGCCGCCACACUCCGGAGAACUAUCAUAUGCUUGGAUCUUCAAUGAAUAUCCAUCAUUUGUUGAAGAAGAUAGUCGGAGAUUUGUCUCUCAAGAAACAGGCCACCUGUAUAUUGCCAAGGUCGAGCCAUCCGAUGUGGGUAAUUACACGUGUGUGGUGACCAGUACGGUGACGAACACCAGAGUGCUGGGCUCCCCAACUCCUUUGGUGCUACGUUCUGACGGUGUGAUGGGUGAAUAUGAACCAAAAAUAGAAGUGCAGUUUCCAGAAACUCUUCCAGUGGCUAAAGGUGCAACUGUGAAAUUGGAAUGUUUUGCUCUUGGAAAUCCUGUACCUCAGAUUAAUUGGAGGAGAAGUGAUGGACUGCCCUUUUCCAGUAAAAUUAAACUGAGGAAAUUCAAUGGUGUGCUUGAAAUCCCCAACUUCCAACAGGAAGAUACCGGUUCCUAUGAAUGCGUUGCUGAGAAUUCACGAGGAAGAAAUGUCGCCAGAGGGCGUCUCACUUACUAUGCAAAGCCUCAUUGGGUUCAGCUCAUAAGAGAUGUAGAACUAGCAGUGGAGGACAAUCUUUUUUGGGAAUGCCGGGCAAGUGGUAAGCCCAAACCUUCCUACCGAUGGUUGAAAAAUGGAGAAGCCCUUGUGCUCGAGGAGAGAAUACAGAUAGAAAAUGGUGCCCUUACAAUAUCAAACCUAAAUGUGACUGAUUCUGGCAUGUUCCAGUGCAUAGCAGAAAACAAACAUGGGCUCAUCUAUUCCAGUGCUGAACUUAAGGUUAUAGCUUCUGCUCCCGAUUUUUCAAAGACUCCAAUGAAGAAGUUGCUUCAAGUGCAAGUGGGCAGCAUGGUCAGCUUGGAUUGUAAACCUAGAGCCUCUCCCAAAGCACUCUGUUCAUGGAAGAGAGGAGAUGUGAUCGUGCAGGAGAAUGAAAGAAUUUCUUUUUUAAAAGAUGGAGGACUUCAAAUAGUCAAUGUGACUAAAGCUGACGUUGGAACUUAUACCUGCAUAGCAGAAAACCAGUUUGGGAAAGCAAAUGGCACAACGCGCUUGAUUGUUACUGAACCAACGAGAAUAACUUUGGCACCAUCCAACAUGGAUGUCUCUGUUGGCGAAAGUGUCAUUUUGCCCUGCCAAGUGCAACAUGAUCCCUUGCUAGACAUCAUGUUUACCUGGUAUUUCAAUGGAGCCCUCACAGAUUUUAAGAAAGAUGGAUCUCACUUUGAGAAAGUUGGUGGGAGUUCAUCUGGAGAUUUAAUGAUCAGAAACAUUCAGCUGAAACACAGUGGAAAAUAUGUGUGUAUGGUGCAGACGGGGGUGGACAGUGUUUCAUCUGCCGCCGACCUCAUAGUAAGAGGUUCACCUGGACCACCAGAAAAUGUGAAGGUAGAUGAAAUUACAGAUACGACAGCCCAACUCUCUUGGAAAGAAGGUACAGAUAACCACAGCCCAGUUAUAUCCUAUUCUGUCCAGGCGAGGACCCCUUUCUCCGUGGGUUGGCAAACUGCCACAACAGUGCCUGAAAUCAUUGAUGGGAAAACACACACAGCUACUGUAGUCGAGUUAAAUCCAUGGGUGGAAUAUGAAUUUCGGGUUGUAGCCAGCAACAAAAUUGGAGGUGGAGAACCCAGUUUACCCUCAGAAAAAGUAAGAACUGAAGAGGCAGUUCCAGAAGUGCCUCCUUCAGAAGUCAGUGGAGGAGGUGGGAGCCGGUCUGAGCUGGUGAUAACCUGGGAUCCAGUCCCUGAAGAACUGCAGAAUGGUGAAGGUUUUGGUUAUGUUGUUGCUUUCCGUCCCCUUGGAGUUACCAACUGGAUCCAGACAGUGGUUACAUCUCCUGAUACCCCAAGAUAUGUCUUUAGGAAUGAAAGCAUCGUGCCAUUUUCACUGUAUGAAGUUAAAGUGGGUGUUUAUAAUAACAAAGGCGAAGGACCAUUUAGCCCGGUGACAACAGUGUUCUCUGCAGAAGAAGAGCCUACAAUAGCUCCAUCUCAAGUGUCUGCAAAUAGCCUGUCUUCCUCAGAAAUUGAAGUGUCAUGGAACACCAUUCCUUGGAAGUUAAGCAAUGGACAUUUACUUGGCUAUGAGGUGCGGUACUGGAAUAAUGGAGAAGAGGAAUCAUCAAGCAAAGUGAAAGUGGCGGGAAAUGAGACGUCAGCCAGACUCCGUGGCUUGAAGAGUAAUGUGGCAUAUUACACAGCUGUCCGGGCUUACAACAGUGCUGGUGCUGGUCCCUUUAGCACCACGGUGAAUGCAACCACAAAGAAAACUCCUCCCAGUCAGCCACCAGGAAAUGUUGUUUGGAAUGCUACAGACACGAAAGUGUUACUUAAUUGGGAACAAGUUAAAGCAAUGGAAAAUGAAUCAGAAGUAACGGGAUAUAAAGUUUUCUAUAGGACUAGCAGUCAAAACAGUGUACAAGUGCUGAACACAAAUAAGACUUCAGCAGAACUUUUGUUGCCCAUUAAAGAGGACUACAUUAUUGAAGUCAAGGCCACAACAGACGGAGGAGAUGGAACCAGUAGCGAACAGAUCAGGAUCCCAAGAAUAACCAAUGUGGACGCAAGAGGUUCUACUUCAGCCAUCUCACAUGUCCACGCUGUGUCCAGUUACCUACCUGUAGUAUUGUUCUUCAUUGUAAAUGCCCUGUGGCGGUACUAACUUUUUUUUUUAAAUUGUUUACUAGAAAGUUAAUUGGUUACAAAAAAAGUGCUUUCAUGAAAUGCAGUGAUUAUGCAUGGUUUUUUUUCAACUCUGUAUUUUUAACUUUCUAUAGGUAAAAUAUGAAUAUAAUAAAAAAAAACAGUAAAUCCUUUUAGGGGAAUCUGAAAUGCCUUAAUAUUUACUUGAUACACCAAAGGAAUUUACAUAUUAAUUACAUUAGACUUUUGAUAAAGAUAUUCGUAAGCUAUGAUUUUGAGCACUGCCUUUCGAUAGACUCACAUGCUCUCAUGUGUAUACACACACAUGCCCACACACGUUUGUUGUUUGUUUGUUUGUUUGUUUGUUUAAUGUGGAAAAACUCAUUUAAUCCAAAUGUUAUCUCCCCGUUAGAACAGCAUUGGUUGGAAGACUUGAUCAGUACUAUUCUGAAAUGCUUAUUUGAAAUACUCAAGAGUGAAAAUACAUUUUAAAAAUUACCUUGCUUGGAAGAGGGUGCAUGUGACUCACAAGAAUGUUGAAAAAUGCUACACCAGAGGUGGAAACGGUGCUGUUUUGUUUACGUCUAACAAAGUUGUGAGAUUCUUGCUCUCUCUAGUUCUCAAUUUUUCAUCUAUAAAAUGUGGAAAUAAUGCCCAGUGUACCUGCCUGUGCCCCAUAAAUUAUUUGUUAAGAGAUACAGAAGGACAUGUGAAAGUGUUUUUGCUACCCCUCAUAUUUUGGGUCUGUGCAAAAUAUUAAUAGGAAUUUACCUAACUAUAUACAAGAAGAACCAGCCGCUUCUUUAAGUUUGCAUUCCGUUAUGGGUAACGCUUUCUUUUUUUGUUCACUGAUAUUUUAAAAUUGAAAUGUUCACAUUUUAUUAUUUCUCAAAUAUUAAAAAAAUAUAUUAGAUAGUAAUUGUUUCCUUCACAUCUAUGGACAAGCUUUCAGGUUUUAUUAAAACACGGUGGAGAAAAUAAGGAGUGACCUGAAUCUCAACUCAAAUAUUAAACAAAAUUCACACAAUUCUUCAUUUCCAAUUUCUGAUUCCAUUAAGAGGCCCUCUCUUUUUUGGAUGGUGGAGAUGGUUUUUUAAUGAAAUCCAACCGUCUAUCAGAGUGAGUCUGGCAGGCUUUUUAGUUCCUGAGUUAAAUUUGUAAUAGAACCAUGGCAGUGCUGCUGACUUUGAUAUGUAUGACUCAGUCUUUCAAUAUGUGGUUUUCAAAAGAUUGGUGAAGACAUGACUUCAUAGCAAUAUGUAAAGAAUAUAUGAAAAUCGACAGAUUGAGUGUUAGACAUUGGAAAAUCAUUUUUUUACUUCUUUCCUACAAUGUCACAUUUUGCAGGAACUCGUUCUUCUUUACAGAUAUAUCAGAAUUUGACAACAGUUCAGAUAUCAAAAAAGAAUAAAAAUUAGCAAAAUUCUGGUAUCAUCAUGAAGUGUUACUUUAUGUUUAAAGAUUACAUUUAAGAUUAAAGUCAUUAUACACAAAGGAGAAAAAAUAUUUAUAACUUUCUUUGCAAGGUCUGUAUAUACUGUAUAUAUCUAGAAAAAAUCUGAAUGACUUAGUAGAUUUCAUAUGACCAUUGUUAUUUCCAGUCAAAAAGUGGGGAAACGCUUUCUCCAAUACCUGAAUUUUACGCUACAUGUAAUGGAGUUGUACCUUUUUAUUAUUUAGUAAUUCCUAUAAUAUGUUCCUACACUUUCCAUUUUCAAAAUGAUUAUUGUUUCUUGGCAUUUGUAGCAAUAUAUCUCCAUGAGAUAUGUACUUUGUUUCAUAUUGAAAAGUAUAAGAUUUAUCUUUAAAUUCUGUGUGUGUAUCCUAUGGUUAUCUGUAUGUAUUAUUUUCUAUUAUUCAAAUAAAAUUUAUAACAAUCGGUG